GUUAUGCUAAGUUAAGUAUUUAUGUCUGUUAUGUUAUCACAUGAUUAAACCGUAAACGAACGUACUUCCUCCUACGGCUCACGCUCGUAAAAAUAAAUUACCCGAUGCGACAAUAAUACGACGUACUUACUCGUCGUAAAACUGUAUACACCACACGAUGGGUACGUGUCUGCACUCAUCUUUUCCUAUAUAAUUAGCAUCGAUCGCCGUUGACCGUUGCCACCGUAAAACGCGUAUACACUGUAACCAAGCGUGUUACAAUUGGCUUAUAAAAAUGUUUUCCAUCCAUCACGAUUCAAAUAGUUAUGUAUUGUUAUUGUUUUUAUCAUCACAAUCGUCGUCGUGAUCAUAUUACCGCUUCUGCGAUUUAUCGGCGGUUUUAUAUCUCGCAUAAAUCUAAUUUGGUCGUAUCCGUCACCGUGCCGUUUCUAUUCGAUUACACCGAAAGAUGCGUCGUCGUAUCGUUGCAGUCUUCCGAAGUCAGUGGUUUCGAUGCGCCAUGAUCACGCUGGCGCUCUGUUAUGCGGCCGAAUGUGUAAUGCGCAACGAACCGUACUGGGAAACGGACGUGGCAUACUUACACUGGUCAACCGACGUGCCAGCAAUCACCGUGUGCCCUGUUGCUUCCGGUCCUUCAGCAGAUCACCUUCGACCGCCGAUGCUGAGUAACUCAAUUUUCAAUGAAGUUGACAAUACCUUAAGUAUAAAUAUAAUAAAACGGACAAACGAAUUUAAAAAAAAGGAUAGUAUCGUAUUGUGUAAAAAUAUGUUUAAAAACUGUUCAUGGAACGGAAAACCCUUCAACUGUUGCAGACAUUUUCAACCACACCGAUUCAUCAUUGAUAACCCUUGUUUUAGCAUCAAUUCUUUACAAACAAUUAACAAGAAAAAGAAUUUAGUUGUAAGCCAUUUUUCAAAACGUGGAGAGUUAAAAAUGGAAUUCAAUAAGCCAGUUGAGAUUUCACUGCACGGUUUGAUAGAGGUACGAUUUGGUGAGUUACAAAAACAAUACGUUACGAUAAAGACGGGCGAGGAAGUGGAACUGUUGUAUAUGACCCGUCAAAUCGUCGAGGACGUUUCAUUGGUAGCUUUGGGCUUGACCAAACGUGGAUGUUUGUUGCAAGACGAAAAAAAGUUAUUUCAUCACCCCGUUUACAGUAAAUCCGCUUGUUUACUAGAGUGUGCUUUGCGUCAACCCGAAGUAUACGCUAAAAAUUACACAUUAUGUGAUUGUCCUCCUACAUGUGCAGAAAUGGAAAUAAAUAACAUAUGGAAUGGAACCCAAAGAUCAGUCGAUAAUGCUACAAGAUGUAUCCUUACUAUGUCAAAACCAGCAACGGAGCGAUUGGUUAUGAAAGCAAAAAAAGAUUACAUAGAUUUAAUAGUUAUCGUUGCCUGCAUGCUACAAUUGUUCACCGGAAUAAAUUUAUUAGACAUUCCAAAAUCUAUAUUUAAAAAAAACUAUACCUGAUAUAAUAUAUGCAGGUUAUUAUAGGGUAUAGAUAGUUUUUACUGUGAUAAAGGGUACGGAUUAGAACACUUGUUAUGUGAAGAGAAUUUGUCAACUAAAACCCGGUUGUGGUCACCCAUCCGGGAACUAGCAACACCAACCGAUGCUCUAUCUCAGUACACGUCAAUGACUAAGGUCAACAACCGGGCUACACCAGGCCACAUGAAUUUUUAUGAUUGAACAUAAUUAUUAGAUAAUUUAUUAUUGUUUUCAAUUAAAUAAGCUUUUAUCGACUUGUAGACGCAUAGCUUUAUAAAAUAAAAAUAUGUUAAAACUUGAA